GGGAUUUAAAACCAGAAAACCUACUGCUGGAUGAAAAGAACAACAUCCGUAUAGCAGACUUUGGAAUGGCAUCGCUGCAGGUCGGGGACAGCUUGUUAGAAACCAGCUGUGGGUCGCCACAUUAUGCCUGCCCUGAAGUGAUCCGGGGAGAAAAAUACGACGGGAGGAAAGCAGAUGUCUGGAGCUGUGGAGUCAUUUUAUUUGCAUUGUUAGUGGGUGCCCUGCCAUUUGACGACGACAACUUGCGGCAGUUGUUGGAGAAGGUGAAGCGGGGUGUGUUCCACAUGCCACAUUUCAUCCCUCCAGACUGUCAGAACCUCUUGCGGGGGAUGAUUGAAGUGGACGCCUCGAAACGUCUCACGCUAGAACACAUUCAGAAACACAUAUGGUAUAUAGGGGGUAAGAAUGAACCAGAACCAGAACAACCAAUUCCUCGAAAGGUGCAGAUUCGUUCUCUCCCUUCCCUGGAGGACAUUGAUCCAGACGUGUUAGACAGCAUGCACUCGUUAGGCUGCUUCCGCGACCGAAAUAAACUCUUACAGGACCUGUUGUCGGAAGAAGAAAACCAAGAGAAAAUGAUUUAUUUUCUUCUCCUUGAUCGGAAAGAGAGGUAUCCCAGUCAUGAGGAUGAGGACCUGCCCCCUCGGAAUGAAAUAGAUCCCCCCAGGAAGCGUGUGGAUUCCCCAAUGCUGAACCGGCAUGGGAAGCGGCGGCCAGAAAGGAAGUCGAUGGAGGUUCUCAGCGUGACAGAUGGAGGUUCCCCGGUCCCAGCUCGCAGAGCUAUUGAAAUGGCACAGCACGGACAGAGUAAAACAAUGUUCAGUAAAAGCCUGGAUAUCUCUGAAGCCAAUCCCAAAUUCAACAAAGAAGAAAGGAUGGCGAGUGCUGAUGCAUUGGGGUCUCGGUCGAUCAGCGGAGCUUCAUCUGGUCUCUCCACCAGCCCCCUCAGCAGUCCAAGGGUCACCCCUCACCCCUCUCCAAGGGGAAGUCCCCUCCCUACCCCCAAGGGGACACCCGUCCAUACGCCAAAGGAGAGCCCAGCAGGCACACCCAACCCAACGCCACCAUCCAGCCCCAGCAUUGGAGGAAUGCCCUGGAGGACACGGCUCAACUCAAUCAAGAACAGCUUUCUGGGCUCUCCUCGAUUCCAUCGCCGGAAAUUGCAAGUACCUACACCAGAGGAGAUGUCCAAUUUAACCCCGGAAUCUUCCCCAGAGCUUGCCAAAAAAUCCUGGUUUGGUAACUUUAUCAACCUGGAGAAAGAAGAACAGAUCUUUGUGGUCAUUAAAGAUAAACCGCUAAGCUCCAUCAAGGCUGACAUUGUGCACGCUUUCCUUUCGAUUCCCAGCCUCAGUCACAGCGUCAUCUCACAGACAAGUUUCCGUGCAGAGUACAAGUCCACGGGGGGUCCCGCUGUCUUCCAGAAGCCAGUGAAGUUCCAGGUGGACAUAACAUACACAGAAGGGGGCGAGGCACAGAAGGAGAAUGGGAUCUACUCAGUCACUUUCACGCUCUUAUCAGGUCCAAGCCGUCGUUUCAAGAGGGUAGUAGAAACCAUUCAGGCACAGUUGCUAAGCACACAUGACCAGCCUUCAGUGCAGCAGUUAUCAGACACCACUAACUGUGUGGAGUUGAUGACUGGCAGACUUUCCAAAUGUGGCAGCCCAUUGAGUAACUUCUUUGACGUAAUUAAACAACUUUUUUCAGACGAGAAGAACGGGCAGGAAUUAUCCCGAAAAGUUAACAUGUCAGCCACGGCUUCACCUUCUGUGCUCUGCGGACACUUGUUGACGGAAGGAAACCGAUGUAGACUGUCCAAGGACCAGUCCUGUUUGAGGUUCCCAGCCUCCCCUUCUACCCCCAGGAAAUGGGUUUCUCCCCUACCUCCUCCCAAACACCUCCUCAACACAAACUUUUUCUCUUUUUCUUUUUGGUGCUCCACGAGGGAGAUCUGCUCAGUAAUGGAAUUGCACAACCUGGGCUGGAAGCAGGUUGCAAAUGUUGGAGCGAUACCAUUGUCCUUGACAACAUUCAUCUGUGCAGGUGAACUCAGACUGGCAGGGGGAGGGGGGCAAGAAACAAGGGGAAAUGUAACCAUGAAACCAGGGAGCACUCUCAGCCAAAACCACGAAGGAGUGAGCAAAAGCUAAGCAUCGAACCAAGACAAUAUCGGGGAGUUUCACUGUGGGAUUUUCUCCAACUCCUUUUUCCUCCCUGUGCCCACCCUUUCCUUUUUUUUUUUUAAUUGUGUUUGUUUUUUAUACUCUUAUCAUUUUGCUUUUCGACCUGCUGGAGAGGGAGGGAAUCCUCUUGUGGGGGUUGGGGGAAUGAACAAACACAAAAACAAACAAACAUUCAAACUUAGGGAAAAGGCAACAUAUGGCAGCAAAAGGGGCGGGAAAGGAUUCUGCCUAGCUGAGAACAAUCUCUCUUGUCACCAACUGCCGUUGCCGCUGCUGCUGCUCCUCCUUCAUCUUCCUCCCCACUCUUCAACUCCUGCCUACCACACUGCCGUGUUGGGACCUUCUUCCACCGUCUGGAUCCUCCAACACACCAUGCAUUUGGAUGCAAUUGUUGUGUCGCUCGUGCUGCAUCAAUAUCAGUAUUAUUAUUUAUUUGCUGGUUUUGAUUUAUGUA